UGCAGUUUUUGAGGAAAACAAACAAUGAACCAUCGAUUUGAUGGUUUCAAGGUGAAGGAGAAUGAUGGGGGAGUUAGUAUAUCGUGUGAAAAGUACGGAAAUAAGUUUCAGCGAGAAUUCCAUCGAAUGUGGAAGGAGCAAAUACUGUGUGAUGCCACAAUUACAACAGAGACAGGAGAGGAAAUCCCCGUACACAGGUCGGUCCUAUCUAUGCACAGCGACUACUUCAUGGCCAUGUUUACCUCUGGUCUACAAGAGGCUUGUGUCGCCAACCCCAAAAUAAGUCUGACAGAGCACCCAGCCGAUAUUGUUAAAGGCCUCCUCAAGUUUAUGUAUACCGGUACUCUUACAGACUUGAACAGGGAGACAAUCCAGGAUUACAUUAUGUUGAUGGACCAGCUACAGAUGUUGUCACUGAAGAAUGCCUGCUGUCCUUACAUGGAGGACAACAUUGACACCAACAACUGUCUAGAUGUCUGGAUAUUUGCACAGAGAUUUUCCUGUGAGGACAUGCAGAGGAAAUCCUUGUCUCACAUAAAGCACCAGUUCAGCUUUGUAUCCUGCCAGGAAAACUUCCAGCACUUGGAAACUGACGCUUUGUUGUUUUUACUGCAUUUAGAUGAUCUUAACAUGAACAGUGAGAAAGUGAUUCUGGACUGUAUACAGAGGUGGUUAGAGAAUCACAGAGGGAUAAGUAUGGAGACCCUCUGGGACAUUAUCAGGUGUAUAAGAUUUAAUCAGCUGACUCAACAUGACAUUUCUAUCUUCUCAGAGCAAUUCUCAGAAAGCAAUCCCAGCCAAACCCAAGAAAUAGAAAACUACAUACAACAGUAUAAAACAUGUGUGAAAGAUCGACCAAGAAAUGAAAGAAAACACAUCUAUGCUAUUGGGGGAUACUUCCAAUCUCGGACUGGUCCAUGUUCUCCUCGCCUUCAGACCGUAGAACAAUAUGACGCCAUAGAAGACACGUGGAAAUCCAUGACCCAAUUCCCUGUCCUGGCCUCAGCCAUCUACGCCGUGGAAAUAUUUGGAAAACUGAUCUGUUUUACUUCCUACUCCACUGUGUUCCUAGCUGCUUUUGAAUUUGAUCCCAUUCAGCUGAAAUGGAAAGACUGUUCAUCACAGUUCCAAGAAAACUGUCUAAAGAACAUGAAGGAAUGUUUUAAAGUUACCGGUGCCAUUACAUAUUGUUGUGAAUCAAAUACACUGUUUGUGUUGUGUGACAAUAACACGCAUGCCUACAGAAUGAUGCUGUCUGAUAACGGAGACUUACAAAUUGGUGCCACACAGAGUUGGAGAUAUCCCAUGAACCCUUCUCUGGCCUCGUUUGCAGCUGUGACACUGAACAAAGAUCUAUACGUCUUGGGCGGGGAGGAGAGACUCUCCGUUAGGGACGUGACCCAGAUUCGUGACGUCAUGAAAUGUAACAUCCAGCGGAAUGAUUGGGAGAAAAUGACACCUAUGCUAGAGGCUAGAGCCAGCUUUGAUGCUGUUCAGUUUGAUGGCAGGAUUUAUGUAGUGGGUGGUUUUAACAACAGGAGACUACGUACAGCUGAAAUGUACUCACCGGUGACUGACCAAUGGACCUUUAUAUGUAGCAUGAACAAAGAGAGGAGCCACCUUAAAGCAGCCGUGCUGUCAAACAAGCUGUAUGUGAUAGGAGGUAAAUCCUACUCCAGAUUUGAGGGUGGGGCCAGGAAAGUGUUGAGUUCUGUGGAGGUCUAUGAUUCCUACACAGAUACCUGGAGCUUUGUACAGCCCAUGCAGCAGAGCAGAUGUAUGUUUGGAGCUGUUGUUCACUAGUCAUGUCAUUCAAAGUUAUUUUAUAAUAAACUUUAAUGUUUCUCUGAAACAGGUGUCCAUUUCAGUAUUUCAUGCUUUAUAAAGAUUUGAUGUAACGACUGUAAUGUAACAAAUUUGAUUUUAAUGCCACAGAACAGGUUAAAUAGUUUAUCUAACAAAGUACUAUAAAAUUCAGUAAAUCAAAUAAUGUUUGAAUUCGACUACAUACUUUUAUUUCUCAAGUCUUUUCAUGUCUGUAAUUUAGUUAGAAAUAUAUGAGGCAACCAAAACAUUUUAAUACCCCACGCAACAAGUUGCGUGAGGUAUAAUGUUUUUGACCCGUCCCUCAGAGUGUCAGUCAGU